UCUGCUCUCGCGAGAGUUGCGCGAGGUCCGCGCGGGGGCAGGGGGCGGGGCCUCGGCUGUCAUGGCGGCCUCCAUGGAGGAAGCCCCCGGCAGCCCCCCCGCCGGGGGGGGGGACCCCGCCGAGCCCCAGGACGCUGAGGAGGAGCCGCCGCCCCCCGCGGAGCUGCAGCGGCCGCCGCGGCUGGUGGCGGAGGCGCGGGAGGAGUAUGGCCGCCGGCCCGAGAACUUCCUCAAGGGCUGCGUCUGGGCCCCCGACGGCUCCUGCCUGCUGACCUGCAGCAACGACAACGUGCUGCGCAUCUACGACCUGCCGCCCGCCCUGGGGGGGGCCCCGGGGGGGGCCCUGCCCGAGCUGGUGCCGGCGCUGCGGGUGCCGGAGGGCGACACCGUCUACGACUACUGCUGGCUGCCGGGGAUGGCGUCCGCCCGGCCCCCCUCCUGCCUGGUGGCGAGCAGCAGCCGCGACAACCCGGUGCACCUGUGGGACGCCUUCGACGGGAGCCUGCGCGGCUCCUUCCGCGCCUACAACCACCUGGACGAGCUGGAGGCGGCGCGGUCGCUGUGCUUCUCCCCGGACGGCGCCGAGCUGCUCUGCGGCUUCGACGGGGCCGUGCGGGUCUUCGCCACCGCCCGCCCCGGGCGCAGCUGCGACACGCGGGACCUGCGCGCGGGGGGGCGUGGCCAGCGGGGCCUGAUUGGCUGCGUGGCGUGCAGCCCCGCCCAGGCGGUGUUCGCCUGCGGCUCCUACGGGCGGAGCCUGGGGCUGUACCCGCGCGAUGGGGGCGGGGCCCUGGCGCUGCUGCCCCGCCUCCCCGCCGCCCCCACCCUGCUGCGCUUCGCCCCCGACGGCCUCCGCCUCUUCGCUGGGGGGCGCAAGGCGGAGCACAUCGUGUGCUGGGACGUGCGGCGCCUGGAGCAGCCGCUGCUGCUGCUCGAGCGGCCCGUGGCCACCAACCAGCGCGUGGCCUUCGACCUCGACCCGAGCGGGCGGUUCGUGGUGAGCGGCGACUCGGGGGGGCACGUGCGGGUGUGGGACACCCAGGCGGCCCCCCCGGCCGGGCCCCGGCCCCUGCUGCCCCCCCUGCUGCGCUUCCGCCCCCUGCGCGACUGCGUCAACGGCGCCAGCCUGCACCCCAGCCUGCCGCUGCUGGCCACGGCCUCGGGGCAGCGGCUCUUCCCGGAGCCCUGGGCCAGCGCCGAGGAGGACGAGGAGGAGGGGGAGGAGGCCGAAGGCCCCCCCGCGCGGGGCCACAACUGCCUGCAGCUCUGGUGGUGGGGGGGCAACGCCGCCACCGUGGCCUAGGGCGGGGCACGUGGGGGCGGGGCACGCGGCGGCACGGACACGCGUGUGCGGGAACACACGUGUGCGGGGUGACGUGGGGGGUGCGGUUGGGGGUCGUGCCAGGGUGCGGCCCCCCCGUUUGUACUAAAGCGUUUCUACUUAAUAACGUC